UUAAGAUUUGUCCUGUCAAAUUUUGAUCAAACACUAAUUUAGAGUUACUUCGGAGGGCAGCGUAUUAUGUAAAAGACCUAAAAUAUCAUUUUGCUUAAAUUAACUGAAAAAAGAUGCCACCAAUCAACAUCAGUGGGGUCAAUGUGGAGUUCCCAUUUGUUCCCUACCCCUGUCAAGUUGACUACAUGACCAAACUGAUCGAGUGUCUCAAAACUGGUGUGAAUGGAAUAUUGGAAAGUCCUACUGGAACUGGUAAAACCCUCUGUCUGCUGUGUGCAACGCUUGGCUGGUUAGAGCACACGAAAGCAGAGGUGCAGCUAAAGAAUCUGACGGGUCGACAACUCCUCAAGGAUGCUGAACCCGGCGACCUGAACAAUGAAGACUUGAUGAACCAACUUGCAGAAGCUACUGGAGGAUGGGAGGGAAGGCCAGCGGCCCCUAAAGUUAUCUAUGCCUCGAGAACUCAUUCUCAACUUUCUCAAGCCAUGCAAGAAUUGAAGAGAACUCAAUAUAACAGCGUGAAGGCAUGUGUACUUGGUUCAAGGGAGCAGCUCUGUAUCCAUCCUCAGGUCUCAAAGGAGAUGAAUAACAGUACGAAGGUUCACAUGUGUCGAGCUAAGGUCACUGCCAGGACGUGUCAUUUCCACAACAAUAUUGAUCUGAUGAAGCAUCAUUUUACUGGUAAAGUGCUGGACAUAGAAGACCUUGGCAAGCUUGGUGAAAAACAUAAAUGUUGCCCAUAUUAUACCACAAGAGAACUGAAGUCAGAAGCUGAUAUUAUCUUCUUGCCUUAUAACUACCUCUUGGAUCCAAAGUCGAGACGAGCCAAUGGUGUAGAAUUGCCAGGCAACAUCAUUAUCUUUGAUGAAGCUCAUAAUCUGGAGAAGAUUUGCGAAGACAGUGUCUCGUUUGACUUGACAUCUCACGACCUAGCGAGUGCCAUCGAGGAGACCAAAGAACUCUGUACGCGGAUGGUCGAGUUGGCUAAGGAUGAGAUCGAGAGUCAGGAGCAGUUUACCGAUCUUGAUGAUGGGUCCUCCGCCACUGUUGGUGGGUGUGACUUUACGCUUGUGCAGGCCAUGGAAAUAAAGAGUACAUUGAUCAACCUUGAGAAAGAACUUGACUCCCUUGACAUACCAUCGAAGGGACUCACCAAACCUGGGCACUUCAUCUUUGAACUAUUUGAGAAAGUGAAUCUCCGUUUCGAGAACAAGCACUACUUCCUAGAGAUUGUGGAGAAGAUUCUUAACCAUGUCACCAAUGAAGGCUCCCGUUUCCUGACCAAGGGAAAUGGCAUCGCCAAAGUUGCCGAUAUCGUUAAGAUUGUGUUCAGUCGUGACCCAGAGGAAGGCUCUUCUACUACGACUACCAAUCACCAGUUUAGACUGUCCAAAGCCUAUAAGGUUCACAUCGCAAAAGAGGUUCAAGAUAAAAAGAAGACCAGAAAAGACCUCUGGACUAGCACUCCAAAUUUGGACAAAAUAGGUCGUACCCUGAGCUACUGGUGUUUCAGUCCUGGUCACAGUAUGGAAGACUUACGAACGCACGGGGUCAGGUCCAUCAUUCUGACCAGUGGAACUCUCUCACCUAUAGAAUCAUUCAGUAUGGAAAUGGGAAUCGACUUCCCAAUCAGCCUCCAGAAUCCCCACAUCAUCCAAGAACACCAAGUGUUUGUUGCAGCAGUGACCAAAGGCCCUGAUGACAACAAACUACUUUCGAAUUAUGACAACAGGGGGACGGAUGAGUAUCGUGGAUCACUGGGGAAUGCUGUGGUGAACUUUGCAAGAGCGGUUCCAAAUGGUCUUCUUAUGUUCUUCCCGUCCUACCCUGUCAUGACUAACUGUAUCGAAUACUGGCAGCACACCAAUAUAUUCAAUCGGAUCACACAGUAUAAGGCUUUAUUCGUUGAGCCACGAACAAAGGCAGAGUUUUACCAGACGAUGGAGACCUUCUAUGAGAAGAUCAAUGACCCGAGUUUGAAUGGUGCUAUUUUUUGUGCAGUAUGCAGAGGAAAGGUUAGCGAGGGUCUAGAUUUUGCCGACAUCAACGGCCGUGCUGUUGUGAUCACCGGGUUGCCCUUCCCGCCGAGAAUGGACCCAAAGGUCGUGCUCAAGAUGGCCUACCUGGAUGAAAACAAGAACAGACAAAAUAGGAAGAGUUUACUGGGGCGUGACUGGUACAGACAGCAGGCAUCGCGAGCUGUCAACCAAGCCAUUGGCCGGGUAAUACGGCAUAAAGACGACUAUGGUGCUAUUCUUCUUUGUGAUGAAAGAUUUGCUACAUCGGAGAGUAAAAAACAACUGCCUUCCUGGGUUCAGCCCCACCUGAAGACGAUAUCGACCUUUGGUCUGGUCAUGAGAGAUCUGAUGCAGUUCUUCAAAGCAGCGGAAAUAGCGAUGCCAUCACCUCUCCCUAAGAUGUCAAUGCCACGGUCUGCUCCAGGCUGCCAAGGGGCCUCGUUCAUGCCGACACAGACCAGGUCUGGUACCUCACCUCGUCCACCUGGGGCUGGUAGUGUCGAAUCACAUGUGGCCAGCCUGAGAGCUUCAUCAAGUCAGAGGGAUCUUAUGUUGUCACGUGAGGAAGAGGCCCGUGCUGACAGCAUAGCCCGACUGACCAUUCAGUAUGAGAUGAAGGCUCCCAAGCGUCCUGCUCCAAAGGGAAAGAAGAGGAGUCUGCUCGAUGCGUUGGAAACACACACAACUCCAAACUAUGAAACUGAGAAGAUUGCCAGUCCUAAGAUGAGUUCCUCUCAAAGUGCCCUGGAAAGGAGGAUGGAGCUGCUGAAGAUGAAGAAGAAGUCGAUGAAGAUUAAAGACAACUCCAUUCUGAAACCAGAAGUGAAAACAGCUGCUAUGGAUUACGUCCAUAAAGUCAAAUCCAUCCUGAGCACCGACUCUUAUAAGAUCUUCAACAAGGCCAUGAUAGAGUAUGCUUCGAAGGCAAAUUUUGAAAGUCUCAUCUCAACCCUGGCUGCUCUCUUUACGGAGGAUGUCAACAAGAUGGAUCUGUUACGAGGUUUCUACCAGUAUGUCAAAACUCAACACAGGGUGAGAUUCUGUGAGGUGUGCGUCAGCAUAACUGGUAGUGCUCCUGAAGCAAGUAAUACCAGUAACACACAUCCUGCAGCAUCCAAUCCAGAGAAGAGACGCAAACUCGACGAAGUAUCCGGAGGAUCUUUGAAAUUUUCUGAUGUGAAAUCCUCUAAAAUCGCCGCGGCCACGUCAUGCGGUUACAAAUCUGAAGUUCUGGAGAGCAGAGAUACGAAGCAGUCCUCGCUUGGGGAGUGGUCUGAAAAAUCUAAGGCAUCUGAACGCAGUAUGAUGGAGACGUUGUUUGGCACAGCUCGAGAUACAGUGGACGGAGCUUCAGUCCCCGAAAACAAAUCCAGGAUCACAGGAAUAGAACAGUCAGUCGGUGGUGUUGUGAAACGGGAGCCUGUAGGGAAUAGAAAUUUAGGACAGUUGUACCAAGCCAGUGAUGGGUCAAAGGAGAGUCAGUCUCUGGUGGAGGACUUGCUGUUCUCUGAAAGGGAACGAUCAGAAAAAGAGGAAAUUGUUGGGAGGAAGAAAACUGAAAAGUUUCACCAAGCGUCUGUUAAAUCAAAAGAUUUCAAGUCUGGUGUAGGGCAUUCACUGCCCUCAAAAGGAGAAAAGUCAGGAAAAGAAAAUACAACUUGUUCUGUUUCGAAAUCUGCGAGUGUGACUUCUGUUCAAAAAUCAAAGAAUUCUGUGACUGAACUUCUCGCGAAAAGGAGUGAUAGUGAUAAGAUGAGUAGUAAAUCUGAAGCUUGUGAAAAGACAGGAUCUGAACUGAAUAUUUCGACGAAAUCCAUGUUGUCAAAUUCCAAAUCGGUUCCAGAUGUUCUGAAGGAGAGACAUUCCACGGUUUCAAAGGUCAAAGAUCAGAGUCGGGCAGAUGUAAAGAAAGUACAUUCCACCGUGUCAAAAGACACAAAACCUGCUGAGAAAUUUGGUGAUAAUGUUGAUCACGAUGCAAAGUCGAAUUUGUCAUUUGCUACUCCCAGUUCUGUGACUGCUGGUCAGUCAUCUAAGGUGCUUCCAACCAAGGAACAUGUCGUCACAAGUUCAGGUGAUAACGUACCUAGCUCAGUUGAAGGUGGCCUAGAAAUUGCCUGCUGUGCAUGUAAUAAGGCAGCUGUUGUCCCCCUGAGAACUAAAACAUGCGAGCAUGUUUGCUGCUUUCAAUGCUGGAAGAAGAUCUUCAUGGAACCAACAGGUGCUCCGAAAGUUUGCCCCAAGUGUGGUGGCGCAGUCAAAAGGAAAGAACUUGCUAAAGUCAAUUUAUAAUGAUAUGUGCCACAUGUAAGAUUAGGAACUACUGACAGGAUUUGUAUCAACUUUUGCUUGCACACAUCAAAAAAGGUGUCGCCUUUGUUUAGUUGAUGACCCUUUGAAGAGGACCAUAGGCAGGAGCAGAGGGGUUAAUUUGGCCAUCUUCAGGUGGCUAAUUUACACAGUAGGCCUAUGGGCCCUGGGUCAUGUCAGAUUCAGCACUAAAUGUAUUCCUCGUACAAGCGUGAAUCAUUUCGAUGUACUGUGAGAUGUGAGAGACCCCUAUUGGCGACUUUGUGUAACUUUAUCUUCCUUGCCUAGCUGCUGCCUUAAUUGUCCCUUUAAGGCUGCUUAUCAAUCGGGUCUUUGUUUGUGAGCUUGUGGACUUGUGGCGCUGUUUAUAUUGUCUCCAUAGCGUGUUCCCUGGUGCAACCAAUGGCCGCAAAGGUUCACUUUAUGUGUGGUGUGUCACAAGCGAACACAGAAUAAGGAAGAAUUGUUCAAGCAAAUACUCAAUGAAAACAUAGGCCACUAUCACGCCCUGGCACGGCAUAGGAUUUCACAAUAUGAACAAUAUGCCCUAUACCUCCUUUAUCUUUUGGAGUUCAGAGCUUAAUGAGGUUUCAUUUUGUUUGUCUUGAUUUCAUCUUUCCAUUAAUGUAAUAAAAAUGACAAUCUGAGUCCAGAAACUUCCCUUUUGAUAAAACGCUGUUGGCAUUUCUGAACUUACCAAGUCUUGACUCUUGCUGAUGCAACAGAAUUGCCAUGUGAUCAAAAAUGUAAACAUUCUGCUCAAAUG